AGGCGCAUGAUCGAUACCGGUGGCAGCGGUGACGCAUGGUACCCGUGGCGACCGACGCGAGGAUUUCGUUUGUUUUGAAGCGAAUCGGGGGAGAGUAAAUCAUUUACCAUACAGAUGGUGUCAUAAAAUUUAAUGAUAUGCAAUUAUGCACUAUUAAAUACGUUUGCACCACCUGAUCAAUUUUAUUUCGGUUUAAUAAGUUUAUGAUAAUAUUAUAUAAGUAUUUACCCAUACAAUAAUGUCUGCUGGCGAGGGAAAGAUCCUCCGACCGCACAAGAACAGUAGCCGGCGGCAGACGUUUGAGAUGCCAGGAAGCUGUAGCGAAGGUACUCGGCAGUCUACCACACACGAGACUUACCGGCCGCCUAAGACCGUCGAAGAAAAACCUCUUAACGAUAAAGAGAGAAAAAGAAAAGAGUUUGAAGAACAUUUGUGGAAAACAAUGACUGAAAAAGUAAUGAAUGACUUGGCAAUUAAAGCAAAGACAUUUUAUGAUCACAAUGGACAGUUUGAAACAACGUACAACAGUACAUUUCAAAUAAAAGGAUUUAAACCAAAAGAAAUUGGAGAACAAUUGGAUGAAGAACUAUGCGCCAAAUAUCCAUUGUACAAUACAAACGGUAUGUCCGUACCGGUAAACCGAUACGAGUACGAUAAAGCUAAGCAACCUAUACACAAACCUUUAGCGCAUCUGUUCAAAAAAGACAACCGGUUCACCAGUCGAAUGAGCGACCCCAACGAUUAUCAUGCUCCAGUUGGUCCUGCACAUUUUGCUUAUGUUUAAAAAAAACCAUACU